GGGAACCGAGCCGCCCGUCGCACAGAGACACAAACAAGCAACAACAAAUGAAGCUGCGGUAGUUGCACCCCCGUCGGGCGGACGUACAAUGCAGACGGCAAGCUUCCUACAAGGACAACAGCAGCAGCAGCAGCAGAUGAGUGGGAGAGCAGAUCAUCCGCAGUUGCGGAGAAGCCUUGACGCUCACCGAAGAGCAGCAGGAACAGAGUGGACCGGGACGGAGCCGUCUCAACA